CAUUUUUUUACAAAGAUAAUUUUUUUAAAGUUGACGAAACAAAACAGUAGUGAUGUGUAACUUGCAACGAAUUUCGUGUAUUUUGCAAUUUUCUGUUAACUAAAGAUUUGUUUUCUGACAAAGUAUACAACAAAUAGAACAAUCAGUUUGUGAUGGAAGCACUCUACUUUCAAACAAACAACCUAAUCCAGCAAGUGCAGCAAUGUUUCCAGCACCUAAACAGCGUACGUGUCGAUUCGGUUUCGGUCGAAGCUGACAUACAAACCAAACUGACGGCAGUUAAUGCCAACUGCGAUCGUCUGGAUGUGCUGCUGUACAAAGUACCGGUCGCACAGCGGCCGAGUGCUAAAAUGCGGGUGGACCAGCUGAAAUAUGACAUGCGGCACCUGCAGGCCGCCCUCAAGCUAUACCAGGAAAAGAGAGCCCGCCGCGAGCUGGAAUUUGCCGAACGGGAGAGCUUACUGAACAAACGGUUCACGGCAAACUCGGACACCUCGAUCGAUAUUGAUUACUCGUUGCAGCAUAACAACGCCAUGCAUAAUGCCCACCAGGGUGUGGACGAGAUGAUAUGGACCGGUUCCAGUAUUCUGGAUGGACUGCGUAAUCAAAGGGAAACGCUGAAGGGAGCACGGAGGCGAAUUAUGGACAUUGGCAGUACACUGGGGCUUUCGAAUCAAACUAUGAAGAUGAUCGAGCGACGGCUCGUCGAGGAUAAGCACGUGAUGUUGGGAGGAAUGAUUGUAACGUUGCUGAUUAUGUGGUGUGUUAUUUACUUUUUAGUGCUUUAGAAGCUGGAAUCUGAUUAUGGAAGUAUAAUAAACCAGAGAGCUUAUGAGAUACAA